UUACCUUCCUUAUAUACACAGUAAUGAAUUCUAAUAGUUAGUUUGUGGACAUAAAGUGAUAAUUAGCCCAAUUAUGGCUUCAAAUCUAGGACCCGAUUGUAAAAACAUCUCGCUAAUUAGGUAGGGAGUCACGUGGUACCGUGACGUCAUAUGCGACCUUCCUCGAUCAGCUUAUAGUAAAAAUAGUGUGGAAAUCUUAAAGAACUCGGCUUUUAAUCACCAUUAUUCACCAUGGACGACAUCUGUUCCGAUUUUGAGGAAAUUCCCGAGAAUCUUCACAUUCAACCUUAUAUGUUUGAACCACCAGUGCGUUCAAAUAGGAAUGUAAAUACCCAAGAAAGUAGCGAGGAAAGCGAGGAUGAAAUCUGCAAUGAUGAGAAAAUUGAUCGCCGUCGGAACACUAUUUGGUGCGAGUGUGGGAUUUGUGAAGUGAUGGAGACCAGAACAGAAUGCAUAUGCUGUGCUGAGAUUCCAGUCAUAGAUGAGCUUCGAGAGUCGAGUGACCUUGAAUGCAUCACACAACACAGAACUUUCAUAGACAAUUGUUUGAAUGCACGAGUACUGGAAGUCAGUCUUUAUGACUUCAUUCAAAGAGAGGGGCCUUUGGAUGACAAUGAAACCACUAAUGAAACAUACAGACACAUUGCAUAUCGCCGGUUUGUCCUCUGGAUAUGGCAUCGACUCGGACGGAGGAAUCGUAAAGUUUUGCCAGCAUGUGUUGUCACAACAAUUCGCAGGACAUUCCCAUCAGAGGACUACACAGGAUUCCAAGCCCACUGUAUAGAACCAUAGCUCUACCGUGCAAAUCUAGUACGCCUUGUAACAAUGAGCUGGUCCUUGUUGACUGCAGCAUAGCCUGAUAUAAGGGUUGGUGGUUGGUAUCCAAGAGAAGCUUUUCCAUCAGAUGAAGCUGCUGAACACGAGGGUAGCUGAAGCCUGCGUUCCACAAGAUUCAGUCGCAAGAUGUCAAUAUAAUCUGAAAAGUAUGAAAUUGUUUAAAUAUGUGAUUUGAAAAUUUUUAUGUUAUGAAUCCUUUUUUGAUUGAUAUUAUCUACAUUGACCAACAGUGUUAAAACAAAUAAAAAGAU